AUGACUUCCCUCUUUCUUGCCCUGCUGGCGUCCGCCGCGGCGGCGCCUGCCACGAAAGGCCGCCCGCGCGCGACAGAGCCGCCUAGCCCGCCCGCAACCCCCCCCAAGAUUCGGUACGUUGUCACCGAGGAAAAGCAGACCAACGUGGCGACGACCAAGGGUGGCGCGCGAGCUCCAAGCAAGGUGGCGCAGAUGGCGGAUGUUGUGGGCGGAGAGGUCAAGAAGACAAUCGAAGCAGCCCUCAAAACCCUCACAGUGGUCGAAUUCGAGGACAACAGCACGGCGCGAGCCUUCCAGGACCAGGCGGAGCGCUCGGGGCUAAGGGUCGAGGAGGAUCAGCAGCGCUUCCUAGCAACAAGCUCGGCCUCGGCUUCGCGGAAGCGGCAGCUAGCCGAGGGAACGCCAUGGGGGAUCGAGCGUGUGUACAACGAAGCGGUGCCGGACGCCUCCUUCUUCCCGUCGGCGGUGACGCAUCCGCUGUGCAUCAUCGACUCCGGCUACCUGCUCGCACACCCUGACCUCCCCUCUGACGCCACCGCGGCGGACCCGUCCCAAGCUGACCCAGCCGGCACGCGUUACUUCGGCGGCGACAUCUGCAACCACGGCACGCAUGCCCUCUCCGCCGCCCUCUCCGCCGCCAUAUCCCCUCCCCGCCAUCUCUCCGUCCGCCCCCUCUACCCCACCCUUCCUCCCUUCGUCCCAACAGGAACGCAUGUCGCGGGCACCAUCCUCGCGGUCUG